GGUGGUGGUGAUUUGAUUGGUGGUGUUUGUGAAUGAAAUUUUUAAGGUGAAGAGAGAGAAAAGUAAAAGUGAAAGUGAGAGAGAGAAAAUUGAAGAGUUAUUUAAGAAAGGGUUACUUAAGGGAGUUCAUAUAAAAAUACGGGCGUUACCCGGUAAAUACCGGACGCGGUUUAGUACCCCCUAGAUUUUUAGUCAAAUAACAUCCAAGAUUGCUCGUAUAAAAUCGAUGAUCAUACUUAUUUUAGUUAUACAAGGCUACAUAGCCAAAUGCACGAUCUAAAUAUGACCAAUUUCCUAGUCAAGUAUCACGGGUUCAUUCUAGUAAAUUUAAAUUAAGAGCUCCUCCCUCUCACUGUUCUUAUCAAGUGAACUGUUUGAGCACAUUUCUUCUCUGCAAAGGUAAUGGAACUAGGUGCAACAAACAUUGAUCACAAUCAGCAAGACGAGUAUGUAUUGCUGAAUCUUGACGCUGUUUGUGGCCAACUCGACAUUUCUCCAAAUGAGCCAUACAUUCUAUCUGGUUUGGAUACAGCCAACCCCAUCUUGACCAUUGGGGACAAACUGAAGCUGAUAGGAGAAUAUGAAGAAACUAUUGGAACAUGCUUAAUCUUUUCAGAGAAGGAAAGGGCGCCUUUAAUUCAUGAAGAAACAGGAUCCUCGGAUGCUAACCUUUUCAAGGGAACAUGUAUAGUCGACCCAAAUCAAGGUCAAUCCAAGAAUAUCAAGCCUGUAACAUCGCUCCAUAAAAUUCUGAAAUUCAGAUUACUAUCAGAAGCUGAUGGGCAAAAUUUAGCGGACAAUUCUAAUAAUCUUAUAGGGCAGGAAGGGAAUCAGAAUUGUGAGAGAUAGGAAAGAACUUUUUGGCUCGUCAUUAGGCAGGAGAUUAACCAUUCAAUUAAUUUGUUCUGAAAAGAUCCCCUGGCUUGUAAUUUUUUUUCCCCUCCCUUUAGUAAGUAAGAUAGGUCACAAGCAAACUGGCCUUUAACAGGCAUUCAAUGGUGGCAUUUAACAGAUAAAAGCAAGAUUUUAUCUGGUAUAUAUGCAUCAACUGAAACAUGUAUGUGCCUGUUUUAACUGAAUAUCUAUAUGUGACAUACUACUACAUAAUAUAGCUGGUUAUUGGGUAGGGUAGCCUAAUGAUAAUAAGGUCAAGACCAAACUUAAAGGGCUUUUAAUGGACAAGGCCUUUAAUGAACAGGGCUAAAAUGUUUUUAAUUUAAUAGACAAACU